AUGAGGUGGAGGGGAGAUCGGACGGUCACUCUCUCUCUGUGUCCAUGUCUGGUGUGGGCGGUCAGUGCGUCUGUGGAGGACAUCAUCGGUCACUUCAGCACUGCCCGAAACAUCGUCCAAAAGUGUGAGCGGGGCAACUCUGGCCUCACCCCCUCCGUGGGGGGGCUGUUGUUGGGGGGUUUGUGUCGGGCGUUGGGGGGGCUGUUGGGGGACGGUUUGUACCCGUCCCGCCCCGACCCCGUCCUGGGUCGACGUCCAAACUCCGCCUGGACCGUGGUGGGAGCGGCCGCCAGCUCAGACAGGUCCCGGGGAGACGUCUACACCGUGUAUCGCCGUCUAGACAGAGAAUCCCAGCUCCACGGCCCCCAGACCAAGCUCAACGCGUUCAUCUUCACCGUGCUAAAGUAA